CUAAUGGCGAAACCAAAGCCCGAAUAUGACCGAAUUAGUGAACUGAAAGCUUUUGAUGAAACAAAAGCUGGUGUUAAAGGACUUGUUGAUUCUGGAAUUAAACAUGUUCCUCGGAUGUUCCAUUACAGACCAGAUAAGUUAGACAAGAACUCAUCUGUUUCUAAUGGUAUCCAUGUUAGUAUUCCGGUUAUUGACCUCGAAGGAGUGAAGGAAGAUCCAGGGACUCUUCGGAACAUUGUCGACAAAGUUCGAAAUGCGUCAAAAUCAUGGGGCUUCUUCCAAGUUGUGAACCAUGGGAUUCCAUUGAGUGUCCUGCAAGAUAUGAAGGAUGGUGUUGUUCAGUUUUUCGAGCAAGAUUUGGAGGCGAAAAAGAAGUUCUUCACUCGGGAUUAUAGUACAAAAAAGGUGGCCUACAACAGCAAUUUCGAUCUUUAUAGUUCACCAGCAGCUAACUGGAGAGAUACACUGUUCUGCCUUAUGGCUCCUAAUCCCCCCAUGCCACAUGAGUUGCCGGAGGUGUCCAGGGAUAUAAUGAUGGAGUACUCAAAGCAAGUAAUGCAAUUGGGCUGCUUGCUACUUGAGUUACUCUCAGAAGCUCUAGGAUUGCAGCCUGAUCACCUAAAAGACAUGGGUUGCACUCAAGGUCUCGGCAUGUUAUCGCAUUAUUACCCUGCUUGUCCACAACCAGAACUCACUCUCGGUACAACCAAGCACUCCGACAACGACUUCCUCACCGUGCUCCUACAAGACCAUAUUGGUGGACUCCAAAUCCUUCACCAAAACCAAUGGGUUGACGUACCCCCAACUCCCGGUGCACUAGUCGUUAACAUUGGCGACCUUCUACAGCUAAUAUCAAAUGAUGGUUUUAGAAGUGUGGAGCAUAGGGUAGUGGCAAAUUGUGUAGGACCAAGAGUAUCAGUGGCCUGCUUUUUCAGUACAUUUUUUUUGCCAGAUUUAAGAACUUAUGGACCUAUUAAGGAGUUAAUAUCAGAAGAAAAUCCUCCAAAAUACAGGGAAGUCACCAUGAGGGAAUAUGCUGGUUAUUACAAUGCAAAAGGCCUUGAUGGUACGUCUGCCCUGCUGCAUUUCAAGCUCUAAACAUGGCCAUGGAGUUUCCAUUACUUAUAGAACUUAUGAACCCUUUAUAUAGCAUAAGCAUUGUUGAUACCAUGUGUGUUGUUUCUAGUGUUCUUUGGGUGCUAAAGCUAUAGUUGUUUAUAAUUUCUUGUUGGUGAUAUGUUAUGAUGGUUAAAUUCUGCUAUUAAAUCUCAUACUUUAUGUAUUUUGUGGAUUUAAUACUUGUGUUUAAAUUUGAUUAUUUCAGUCCCUA